AUGUAUAGAUUCACUCCAGACUUCAAGAACGCUUUAAUUAAAAAUCCUAAAGAACGUACAAAAAAUGAUAUUGACAUUAUAUUUUCUCAUUUAAAACAACUUGAAGGUUUUAAAUGGAUCAAUGAUACAGCAUUAAGAAAAAUUAGUAGGGCUGCAAGAUAUGAGGCAUAUCCUAUGAAUCAUAUCUUAUUUCGCAAAGGCCAACCAGCUACUUGUUGGUAUAUUCUUUUAACAGGAUCUGUUUAUAUUGAUGAACAAAUUCAAUUACCACUUGGUUGUUUUGGUAAAAGAAAUGAAGUUCACUUAAGAAGAAUUAGUGAUUGUAUAAUACUACAACCUUCUGAGUUAAUUGUUAUUGAUUAUCCGGAUGACCAACGAGUUCCAAUAUAUCAGUCGAUUCAGGAAAACACAAAUAAUAUUUAUAACUUACAAAAUAACUUUCAAACAAAUUUACAAAUUAAAGGAACACGAUUUGGUGAUCAAUUAGAUACACCAUAUUUUGAUAAUAAACAAGUACAAUCAUCAACAUUAAGACCAAAACAAAUACCUAUAUAUGAGAUGACCACUGAAAAGGGAAAUAUUUUUAAUGGCAUUGAUAAUACUGAUUGUAAUGUAAUUCCUACAUCAACUACAGGUAUAUCAAGAAUAACUGUACAAUCAUCACAAACAAAUAAGUUUACUAUAAAUAAUAAACAAAUCUCAAGAGUAUAUAAUAAUUUACCAGAAGUAUCAAAUUGUCCACCAAUACCAGUUAAAACAACUAAUUUGCAACAAAAAAAUGAUAUCCCAAUAUUAGAUUCUCCUACAAUACCAUAUCAUCAUAUUUUUAAAAAUCAACCGCAACCAUAUGUACGAUAUCGUACACAUAACAGUCAAUUACAAAGAAAGAGUCUUGAUGAGACAGCUAUGCAAGUAAAUAACGAAAAAAAUAUGAAAAAUAAUGUUAAUAGUUCAAUUAAACAACCAACAUAUAUUACAGUAGGUGGAUCAUCAAGUAGUUCAAGGAAUGAUGAAUUAUCAGGUCUUCCUGAAGCAUUUGUUGAUAGUGAUGAUGAAGAAGGUAGUUGUCCUUCUCAUGAUAGUUUUCAAGAGUUAAGAGAUAAUGUUCGUGAAUGCUUAGAAAAAGAACCAUCAAUGCGUACAUUAGAUGAUAUAUUAAUUUUACUUGAUUUUAUGUCACAAAUGCAAGCAUUUGCUAAUCUUCCAAUGAGUAUAAGAAAACAAAUUUGUUUAAAAAUGUUAUUUGCUGUUGUUCAAGAUUCAGGAACAGUAAUUCUUCAACAUGGAGAUAAAUUAGAUUCAUGGAGUGUUGUUGUAAAUGGAUAUGUUGAAUGGACAAAACCAAAUGGUGAAAAAAUUGAAUACAGAAUGGGUGAUGCAUUUGGUGCAACUGCUUCACCAACAGAACAAUAUCAUGAAGGUGAAAUGAGAACAAUGACAAAUAAUUGCGAAUUUCUUUUAGUUGAACAUAAAGAUUUUUAUCAUAUAAUGUCAACAAUCAAUCAACAUAUUGAAAAAGUAUCUGAUGUAACUGGGGAAGUUGUAAGUGAAACAGAAAGACGGGUAACAGGAAAUCAAGUUGGUCUUGUAAUAAUUAAAGCUAAACCAGAAAAAUUACUACAAUUAUUGGUUGAGGAAUCAGAUACAAUAUCAGAUGAACAUUAUACUGAAGAUUAUUUAUUAAUGUAUCGUGUAUUUCUUUCAGAUCCAACAGAAAUAUUUUUAAAACUUAAACAAUGGUUUGAUGAACCAACAUUUAAAGAGAAAAUACCAAGAAUAGUUUUAUUAUGGGUUAAUUCUCAUUUUAAUGAUUUUGAAAGUAAUUGUAAAAUGAUAAAAUUAUUAGAAGAAUUUGGUAAUAGUUUAGAAAAAGAAAAUUUACAUUCACAAUUAGCAUUAUUAAAUAUAGCAUGUUCAAUUAAAUCAAAAAUAAGAACAGUUAUAUUAACAAGAAGUAAUCGAGAUCAAGAAUUAUGUUUUUCUCUUAUUGGUGGUAAAGAAAUAAAUCAUAAACUUUUUAUUGCUGAUAUUUCUAAUAAUUGUGAUUCUCAAACAAAUGAAUUAAGAAGAGGUGAUGAAAUUUUAGAAGUUAAUGGUCAUAAUUUUUCAUCAAUAACUUUAUCUAAAGCAUUGGUUUUACUAAAGGAUAGUACACAUUUAUCAAUUCAAGUUAAAUGGAAUUUAAUGGGUUUCAAAGAGAUGUUAAUUGAUAUGGAAUCAAAAAAAAAUAAUUUUGAUUAUGAUAGUAUUUCAAGUAAUGAAAAUCCUUUUACUUCAAUUCGAUAUGAAAAGAAUGAUGGUUCUGGUAUAUAUUUACCUUCUAGACAACAUAAUUCAUCAAGUUCAUCUGUUAAUACAAAAAUGUCACAUAUAUCUUCAAAAAAUUCUAUGAUGAGUAAAUUAAUAAAUAUAAUAAAAGGAACAAGUAGUGGUUCUGAUUCAGGUUUUUCAAAUGAUUUACCAAAUAAUUCUAAUAUUAUGAAUACAUCAGCUAUCAAUUCAUCUCUUCCUCCAUUAUCUGGUACUAUUAGAGCUUCACGAUCAAAUCCUGAUAUUCAUAUUAAUAUUCAUCGACCUGCAUCAGGUUAUAAAUAUUCUCUUGCUUCAGAUCCAUUUGAUAAUACUAAAUCAAAUACAAUGAAUCAAAUUGAAGAAGUAAUAAAAGUAUAUAGAAGUGAUCAAACAUUUAGGUAUUUAAUAAUAUAUCCACAUACAACAGUUAGUGAUAUUGUUAAACUUGCUUUACAAGAAUUUGGUAUGAAUACAGAUACAGGAAAUCUUGAAUGGUCACUUUGUAUGACUUCUGUAACACCAGAAGGUGCCAUAAAACAACGUACAUUACCUCAAACUAUGAAAAAUAUGGGAAAUUAUUUAAAUUUAAAUAGUAGAUAUUAUUUAAAAAAUAAUGAUCGAUCAGAACCAUUAUUACCAGAUGAUGUUGCACCAGAAGUUUUAAAAGAAUCUCAAACAUAUCUUAUUGAUUUAAAUGCUCAUACAAUAGCAGUUCAUCUUACACUUCAAGAUUUUGGUAUUUUUUCAAAAAUUGAAACAACAGAAUAUGUUGAUUGUUUAUUUGAAAUUAAAAGUUCUUAUGGAUGGCCAAUGUUAAAAAAAUUUGAAGAUAUUUUUAAUGUUGAAAUGUGGUGGGUUGCUACAGAAAUAUGUUCUGAAAAAAUUGUUUAUAAAAGAGCAAAAUUAAUAAAAAAAUUUAUCAAAGUUGCAAGACAUUGUCGUGAAUUAAGAAAUUUUAAUUCAAUGUUUGCCAUAAUAAGUGGUUUAGAGAAACCAGCUGUUCGUAGAUUACAAAAUUCAUGGGAAAGAGUACCAAAUAAAUAUGUUAAAAUGUUAAAUGAUAUGCAAACAUUAUUAGAUCCUAGUCGAAAUAUGUCAAAAUAUCGUCAACAUUUGUUAAAUUUAUCUCAAGAUCCUCCCGUUAUUCCUAUAUAUCCUGUAUUUAAAAAAGAUUUAAUUUAUUCUAAUGAAGCUAAUGAAACAUAUUCUGAUAAAUUAGUUAAUUUUGAAAAAUUACGAAUAAUUGCUAAAAUAAUAAGGAGUGUAACAAAAUUAUCUUUAGUACCAUAUACUCAAGAAGUAAUACUUAAUCGUGAUUCUUCAAAUAUGGAUUCCAAAAGUAAUACAUCAACAAUUAAAAAAUUAAGUGGAUCUAAAAAUGGUUCUCAAUCACGUAAAAAAAUGUAUGAACAAGAUCAAAUGGUUAAAAAAGUAAAGGCAUAUUUAGAAGUUAUGAAAAUAUGUGAUAAUGAAAAUGAAUUAGAUAAAAUGUCAUCAGAAUGUGAACCACCACAAAAUUCAUCUUCAGGUAAUGCUUCCUCUGGAACUUCAAGAAAAAGAGCACCAUCACCAUCAUCUAGUAGUAUUUCAUCUCAUUCCAAUCAAUCAGAACAAUUUACACGUUUUCAUACACCAAAAUUUGGAGUUGAAUCACCACAAGCAGUACAAAAAAUGUUAUCAUUAGUUCAAAAUUCAAAAGUCAAACCUGCCAUUAAUGUUAAAGGAUUUAGCCCAAUACAAUCACCAAUGUUAAAUAAUAAUCGGGGUACACCAAAACGGUCAAAUACAGGAAUUGGAAGGAUACCAUCAUUUAGUUCUAGAAGUAGUUCAAAUUCAACAGAUCUUCAUCCUGUUGAUUUAACAGCAGAAAGUUCUUCUGUAACAACUUUUUGUUCAACUACAAAUACUUCACAAAAUUCAAAUUCUACUGAUAUUGGACCUGGUGCAUUUGUUCGCCCAAUUAGACGUAAAUAA